UUCAAAAUGAUAUUAAUCCGGUGAAUAAUCUCAUCCCACAUAUAAUACCCCUAUAAUCCAUAUAUCAAACUUGAAAGAAAGCAUUAAGGGCUAAAGAGAGAUUAAAGUCAUAAUUGGAGGACCAAUUUAUAAAUAAAACAAAAUUCGAAGGCAAGAAAGUAAUUUAGAUAAUUAUAAGUACUAAAAAUAGAAUCAAAACUUUUUCCACCAUUUUUGCUUUUCUUCUUCAAAUCGGAGAAAACAGAGCAAACCAGAGAGAGAGGAGAGAGAGAGAUUGGAUCAGCUAUGCAGUACAAGAACCUGGGAAGCUCCGGUCUGAAAGUGAGCCAGCUUUCAUACGGAGCAUGGGUAAGUUUCGGGAACCAACUCGACGUCAAAGAAGCCAAAUCCCUUCUCCAGUGCUGCCGUGACCACGGAGUUAACUUCUUCGACAACGCCGAGGUCUACGCCAAUGGCCGAGCCGAGGAGAUCAUGGGUCAAGCCAUAAGGGAGCUCGGUUGGCGCCGUUCAGACAUCGUCGUCUCCACCAAGAUCUUCUGGGGUGGACCUGGCCCUAACGAUAAGGGUUUAUCGAGGAAACAUAUCGUUGAAGGGACUAAAGCUUCGCUUAAGAGAUUGGAUAUGGAAUAUGUUGAUAUUCUUUACUGUCAUCGCCCUGAUACCUCGACUCCGAUUGAGGAAACUGUUCGAGCUAUGAAUUAUGUUAUUGAUAAGGGUUGGGCUUUCUAUUGGGGUACUAGUGAGUGGUCUGCUCAGCAGAUCACUGAAGCUUGGGGGAUCGCUAAUAGAUUGGAUCUCGUUGGUCCUGUUGUUGAGCAACCUGAGUAUAAUUUGUUGUCCAGGCAUAAGGUUGAGUCUGAGUUCCUCCCUAUCUACACCAACUAUGGCAUUGGUCUCACCACUUGGAGUCCGCUCGCUUCUGGAGUGCUCACUGGAAAAUACAACAAGGGCACUAUACCUCCUGACAGCCGAUUUGCAUUGGAGAACUACAAAAAUCUUGCCAACAGGUCACUGGUGGAUGAUGUGCUGAAAAAGGUCAAUGGUCUGAAGCCAAUUGCUGAUGAACUAGGUGUUCCAUUAUCUCAACUUGCAAUUGCAUGGUGUGCUGCAAACCCCAAUGUCUCAUCGGUUAUCACGGGUGCAACAAAGGAAUCUCAGGUUUGUUAUGAAUCUAAUCUAUACAACAUUGUUGUCACAAGUCAUCAAUAUAAUUUGAAAUCUUUAGUCACUCAUACAACUUCCCCUUUUCUCUACACAGAUUCAAGAGAACAUGAAAGCUGUCGACGUGAUCCCUUUGCUGACUCCCGCUGUGAUGGAGAAGAUCGAGGCCAUCGUACAAACCAAGCCGAAACGCCCAGAAUCGUACAGGUAGACGCGUGAUGAUCAUAUUUAUUCAAGUCCCCUUUGUUUCUGCACAUUGCAGGCUCCAUUCUUCCAACACUGUAGGAAAUAGAAUGUUCAUGCCAUUUCUAUUAGUCAUGCCGUAUGGUCUUUUGUUCUUUUCGCAUUGCUUUGCUUUGGUCCCUCCGAUUUCAUGGUGUUUUCUUGUUUUUCUUCUUUCCCUUUUGAGGUAUUAUGUUUUUGAGAAAGAAGAACAUGUUGAUAGUGGAGAGCAGUGAUCUAUGUUGAACUCUGUACUUGUAAUGAAUCAUAAUUUGCUAUUUUAAUUUUUAUCUGUUUUUGUCUCA